CUCGCCGUUGCCCUUGGCCGUGGAGCCGUGUUUUGGCACCAAGGGCGCAGCAUCUGUGAUGAACGUACUUCAGAUUGUUUGUGACCACUGGGUACAUACACUUGUACCCGUGGGAUUUGUCCUUGGAUGUUAUCUAGACAAAAAGAAUGAUGAAAAACGAACUGCCUUCCAGAACAAGAGUGUGUUGCUUAAAAGGGAAUUGAGACCCAGUGAAGAAGUCACCUGGAAAUAAAGGCUGUGACUGAAAUAAAGAAUGUUCACCUUAAAAAAAUUAGGAAAUAAAAACACACUAUUU